CCACCCCUUCUCUUUCCCUCUCACUUCUUCCUCUGCCAGCGCGGCGCACUGCUCCCCCCACCCCUCCGCCGUCGCGCGAUAGUCAUCGCCAUGGCAUCCCCCGAUCCGGAGCACGAUCAACUCGCGCGCUCUGAGCCCCCAGAGGACGAGCCAGCAGCGCGGAACGAGGAGAAACCAGCGGAACCGACUCCCGUCAAGCGUGGGCGCGGGCGCCCCAAGGGCUCCAAAAACAAGAAGACCCUCGCCGCCCAGCAGACGGCGCCAGCGGCCGCGGGUUCGGCGAGCGGCGACGCCGCGUCCACUGGCGAGACUCCCAAGCGGAAACGCGGGCGUCCCAGGAAGAUCCCAGAGCCAGGCGAGCCCCCCGUGAAACGGCCGCGCGGUCGUCCGCCGAAGAACCCCAAGCCGGCGAGCGCAGCGAGCGCUGCUGCCAAACCGUCGACCAGCGUCGCCGAGGAUGGCGACGGGGACGACGACGACGAGGGCAACGAGUCAGAGGCGCCCGCGGGACCCAGCUCGGAGCCUGAGGCACCAAAGAGGAAGCGCGGUCGCCCUCGCAAGAACACAUGAAAUGCGGGCACGCCGAUGUCCCAUGUGCCUGGAGGCUAUCGAAUAUUUCUUGAACGCAACCGCUCAACGCGCGCCCCCCAUGGACCAUUACCGUCGAGUUGCCCCGCUCCCGUCCACGCUCACGACUCUGGCCACGACGUCCCGUCCUAUCUAUUGAGUUCUGUAUCGAUCUUACACCGCCCUUCAGAUGUUGUAUUGCACGUUCGAGAGAUCGCUUUGCCGCGCUCUAUGCCUUGCCAUCGCGCCCUUGUACAUACAUGACAGUUUUUUCUCUCUUCUCUGCGUAAAAUAUAAAGGAAGGCACUAGGAACAAGGGACCGGGAGGAAAAAGACCGUUUUCUAUC